GCCUCCGGAUUGUCACCAGACGACAUGCGAGACAUCAUCAGCACAACCAAGGGCAGCCUCGAGUUCGAGGUUGUCACCAAGGCACUGCAGACUCUCUGGGACGACCAAUUGGUCGGACGUCGCCAUGCUGGUGGUUGGUCUCCUUCAAAGACCCAUGAGGCCAUGUUUGAAGAAGCAACCUCACCUUCUGAUGAUUGGUGGGAUGACGCCAACGUGGCCCAGUACGAUGACAACUAUGAUGACUGGUGGCAAGAUGAUGAAGAAUGGGGCUAUGCCAUCGAGGAGCACGAGGGCACGAAGGCUUCUGAGGAAGAUGAUGAUGCGAUAAAGGAGGCCCAGAAGGCAGAGCAGAUUGCCGAGGGCUUGGCAAUGGAAGCCCAGCGUUCAUGGGCUGAAGCUCAACGUACUGUCCCGAUCGACGGCAAGGGCUGGAAGGGUCACUACAUGACUGACGAGCUCUACUACAUGAAGGGGAAGGGCAAGAAAGGCAAGACUGCCUCAUGGAUGGAACUUCAAGCUUUCCAAAAGGGCAAAUCAUCCAAGUCCGGCAAGGGCAAAAAGGGGACCAUGUCACGACCUUCCGUCAAUGCCUACACCAACGAGCUUUUUGGUUUAGAGUUUUCUGGAGCCUUGGACGUCCAUUCAGCGACAUCGCCUGUGGCUACCAUGGCACCUCACAUGGGCCUUAUCGACUGCGGAGCAACGGCUUCUGCCGGGCCACAGAUUGCAGUCGAGGCCUUGGUCUCAUCCAUUUUGACCAAGGACAGUAACCCUUCAGCUAUGUUGGUGGAUUUUCGAACAGGUUUGGCCAUGGAUUCCUAUGCACUACAUCCCCAAGAAUAUCAACUACCAUGCAAUCGGAAGGCUUGCAUCCUUUUGAUCACCGUGCAGCCCUGGCUUCAAUGCAUCGCUGCGGAGAAGCUGAUUCCAAUCCGCUUCCCGCUUCCCCAGCCUCGACUCUCGACCAUGGCCCGGCGAGCUCCACGCGCCAGCGAGCUGGAGGAAGAGGGGAUCCAGUGGGACAUCCGCUCAGCCACGGACAAGAAGGCCACACCGCAGCCGUUCGACGACAAGCGGACCGUGCUGGCAGAUCCGAGGGAUCCUCGAACCGAUCCCGGCCAAUGGCCAUGCUUUGGACAACAUGUCCCAAUGAAGGCUCAUGCCAAUCCACACGGCCGCUGGGUUCACUGCAGCACGUGCAACCUCCGCCUCCAGUACACUCCACGAGUGGGCUCACAUGGUCAAAACACCAAGACCGACAGUCCACCCUUGACGAUCAAGAUGCUCACACAGCUGUACGAGGUGAUGGGAGGACGCACUCCGACGGCCACGAUCUGCCUCCUGAUGCAGAAGAAGAUCGAUGCCGACGAGGCCCUGCAGGGAAUGGUCGAACCGGUGUUCCAACGAGUGCCUCAGCUGAGCGAGAAGCCUCCCUUCUACGACAAGGAGAUGACCAAGGUCAAGAAGGGCAACAAGAAGAGCAGCCGCGACACGAGCCCGGCUCCAUCAUGGGACAAGGUGGGAACUCCUCCGACAUCACCACCUUCGCAUUGGGUCGAACUUCAGGACUACAUGGACCCGAGCGAGAUGGAGCAUUUGAUGAAGAUGCUUCAAGAGCGCAAGGCAGCAGCCAAGCUGGCUGUGGACAUGGAGACUGGAUCCGGGAGCCUGGCAUCUGCCUACGAGCCCUUUGAAGAGCUCUAUGAUAGGCAGCCCUGGCACCUCAUCCCGGAAGAAAAUGACACAGGCUUCUCCGAGCACUACACCAUCUUCCAAGAGUGCUACUACCAGUUCAUCCAGUCCUUCUACCAAGAUGCCUAUGCCUCUGCCCUUGAAGAUCGGCGCGAAGCUGCUGCUCCUGGCUACGACCUUGUUGAGCUCUAUGGCAAGUGCUAUGAUCUCUAUAGGAAAGAGACUUGGGAGCGAAUGAAAGUCCUUCGGUCCAAGAAGAAACCACGGAAGCUUUGGUUCAGCCUACCUUGCACAAAGUUCUGCCGCUGGACCUACCUCAACUACGCUUCACGACCUGAAGAACUUCGGCAGGCUCGCAAGAAGGAAAGAAAGAUGCUUUGGUAUAUGAACGACUUUGUGAAGGACACCCUUUCCAAAGCUCCCGACACCAAGAUCUACUUCGAGUGGACUCACCCAUGUCAAGGGUGGCAAGAACUUCCAAUGGUCGACCUCGAGACCUUCCUAGCAGCCUUGGACAUUCCCUGGCUCUCAUGCCGCAUCGAUGGCUGCGUCUAUGGCAUGAUGGACUCUCGAGGUGAACAUCAUCUUCACAAGAAGUGGCUUGUCAAGACCACCUGUGAACACUUCCAUGCCACCUACAAGACUAAGAUGGUGUCUGAUCGCAAUCUUCGGCUUCUCUUCAUGAAGCAGGACUCACCUGCUGCAUUGGAGAAUGAAGAGCUCUACCUCCUUGCCGACGAUGACGGUGGCACCCUCAAUGCUCUUCCUGCUGAAGAAGCCCUACAACCAGUGGAAGUUCCUUCUGAACAAGAAAAGAAACAAUGGAUGGCAAGGGUAGCUCACUUCCACAAGGCAGCUGGCCAUCCUACCAACAAGAACCUGGCCAAGCUGAUCAAGAAUGCCGGUCAGCCAGCCUGGAAGUCCGAGCUGGCUUUGGAACACAAAUGUCCGGCCUGUGAGGCCAUUCGACCUGGCGGCACCUCCAGCAAGAACAUUCCACCGGCGAGCACUCAUUCUAUGUGGAGUGCAUGGCAAGCUGUUGGCAUGGACACCGCAGAAUGGCAGAUUCCAGCCACCAAGAACAAGGUGAAGUUCGUCCUCAUGAUGGAUCUGGCUACGAAGCUUCGUGUGGUUUGGCCCAUCAUGGAGUACCCCAACAUGGAGAUGCGAGCUGAAACUGCUGACCACAUCAUUGAAGCUUUCACUGAGCGCUGGCUCUCCGUCUUCCCAAAGCCUGAGAUGGUGAUAGUUGACAAUGGUAGAAGCUUCACCUCUGAUCGCUUCAACACCUUCCUGCGGGAGUCCAACAUCGCCGUGCACUACCCUCCUGAGAAGGAACCUUGGGCACAUGGCAUCUUAGAAGCUGGCAUCCAGGACAUCAAGCAAGUGGCAACCGUCCUCCAGAUGGAACAACUGGACCUUCGGCCGGCUCAUACAUUGACUCUGGCCACCUCAGCUCUGAACCAAACUGAGUACACGGCUGGGUAUUCUGCUCAGCAAUGGGCCUUCGGGAAGCACUACUCCCUGACCGAUGAGGACCACCGCACGUACGAGCAGGUGGAACCUUCAACUGACUUUGCCCGUCUCGUUCAAGCCCGACAACAGGCUGAGGAGAUUGCAGUGAAGACCAGAUCAAAGAGAGUUCUGAGCAAGCUCUCCAACACCUUGGUUCGGCAGCCCUUGAGAACCUUCUCGCCUAUGCAGCUGGUAAAGAUCUGGCGUCAAUUCCAGCCAGUUGAGCGCCUCCAGUACGAGAUGACAGCCGAUGAAGAUCCCACCAAGUGGAAAUCCUUGGCAGACAUCCUGCCCAAGCGAGAGUUCACUGACCUCUUGGAUGAACUCCCAAAGGAGGACGAGAUUGAGAUCCCGAACCUUCCGUUCUCCCCGGAUCCUUCGACCUAUGCGCCAAUACGACGAGCCACUGGCAAGUCCACGUUGCAGAUGUCCGACUACAAGCUGAAACACCGCAGCAGUCCAUUGGGACUACAACCUCCAGAUCGUGAAGUACAACACUUUGUACCUCCUGCUCACGCUUCGAGCUCGGCACGGCCUUCCAACUCGGCCCUACCAGAGGCUGAGGAAACUGCCAAUGACUACGAAGACUACACCCCGAGUCUUCCUGAUGCCGUUGCUGAUGAACCUCCUGAAGAUGAACCACAACCUUCAGAGAGAGAUCCCAAAAGAGCUCGCAGUGAGUACGAUCUGAAGUGGGUGGAGGAGCUGAAAUCUCACUCUGAGAUUGACAACAAUGAAGUCUUCAGCUACCUCACCGAAUGUCAAGAUGACUUGGACGUCUUGGUCAUGCACAUCGAUGUGGAGCCUGAGACCAACACCAAGAGAAAG